CUCCUUGUCUCCGGAUUUCCCUCGCCCUGCCGCAUCCCCCCAAAGCCUACGGCUGCCAGCCCUGCUUCCAGUCCACUCACACACAUAGACUUUGACGGCCAGCAAAGACCACCUAAUAUCUCCAUUUUCACCCUCUGGGCUGCCCAAGCGCGCGUGCAUAUCAGCCUACCCCCACCGUCAAGGCUUGUGCAAACGCAGGCCCAAGCAACGCAGCUUCACUUCGGUAAUAUAUCGUCUUAUCCGCUCGCCCGCCAUUUUAGACGCUUCCCACGGCCGCACCAGCCGGAUUGGCGCAGCAUUGGCACUCAUUGCUAACCCCUCGGGCUGGGCUGGAAGCGCUCGUCUGCGCCGAAACACGUUGCCCCCAAUUCGCCCGACUCGAUCCGUCUGCCCGUCGCGUCACGCCAUACCACCCACCUCUCUCGCCCUUGACUGGUUAUCUGGACGAGCUCUCUCGGAGCCGAGGCCGAAUCUAAUCACGACUGUAGCGAUCGCCACCGGACUUGACGCUCCUUCUACACCCCCGAGGCCGACGGCGUGAGCUCGGACGUCUUGGGGAGCGGCGGCACCGCAUCCGCCACCCGCUGGUUUCCUCCCCUCCGGGCCAUGACCUGCGACCGCGCUCUGGCCGUGCUGCGAUGAACUGCUCCUCAUGUCCGGCUGGCUGAAGAGUGGUAUGGGAACUUCCCCGUCGGAAGAGCCAAUCUCCCCCGGUGCGGCCCUCGUCCCUUCGCCGAGCGGGAACAGGCCAACAGGGAGCAUCCCGAUAAAGGGCUGGAAGGACCCCGAGAGCCCGAGGACGGCCAAGUCCAGGUUUCAAAACAGCGUGACGAAUCAGAAUGAGGCCGACACACCCGAGAAGGGCGCGGGUCGGGGGAUUUUUGCGUACCGGGAGCAGCUUCGGAAGCAGAUGAGCUCGAUAAGCCGCCGCGAAUCUCCACCCGCAGGCGUACCAAAGAGGCCAUCACCCAUAGAAGAGGAGACAAGCCCACGGGCACCGGAACCCGUUCCGACGACGACCUCCACCGAGUCCACGGCUACGAUAAGGGGGAUGCCCACUCCGAGCGUGGCGGCCAGGACGCCCUCGUACCCCUUUCCCCGCAUGGCGUCAAUGGGAGCCGUGCCGUCUCGUCUUCACCGGCCAUUCACCAAACUGUCCCCCACCGUGACCCCCGAUGUGCCCCAUGGUGGAGGCACCCCUAAUGAGGCCAACACCCUGCUCGACAGGCUUCUCUCUAACCCGUCGACGCCGGCCUCGACCAUGACUUUCCACCCUGCCGAGGUCGCUGGGUCGCCCGAGGAGCUGAACGAAUUCCCCACCCCGAAUCUUUACGAGCUCUCCCUGCUCCUCUCGGCCGAGCCGGGACUUGACGCCUGGUGGCAGACCGUUGUCCAGAUCAUGGCGGAUGUCUACCAGGCCGAGCGCGUUACAUUGGCUGUUCCCGCGGACACCACUGACAUCGAGAACGUGCCCUGGGGUCAGAAGGCUACCUAUAACUCGCGAGGAGAGGACGAUCUGAGUCUUGGAUACUUGGCGCGGGGUAGCAGUCUGGUUCGCACCAACUCUGAUAUCCGGUCCGAAGCCACCACGCAACUACCGGCAACUCAUGGUGUGUUGUCACCAACACGGCCCAACUUUGCCAGUAGGCACUCCUUCACGGCUUUCGAAAUGCGCAAGGAACCAAAGGUGGCCAAGGAUGCGGCCACUUUAGCCCCCGAGCGCCCGACCCCGCUACAACGGAGCAAGAGCUCCUACCCGGUCGCAUCCGUCGAGAGCGACAGGGAAGCCAUCGAGGAAGACCAUCCUCCACUAAACCAACAAACUCUGGAAGAGCACGAUGCUGCCGAGCACGACGCAAAUUUCCUAGGCUGGGAUGCUUCGGUCGCGCGGCAUCACGAGUCACAGGCCAGAGUGCUGCCCAUGUUGCAGGCUUUGGACUAUGAGGCAGACCCUCUCAUUGACCAUAACGGCAUCCGCAGGGUCCUGGAAAGGGGAAAGGUCAUUGCUCUUACGCGUAGCUAUCCCUACCUCGGAGCCCUAGCAUCAAUACAGCUUGAGGAGCCGCCAAAGGAGAACAUGCGGUGCCGGUCGCCAGAAGGCCCCAGGAAGCAACAACAAACAAAAAGGCCCCGACCCGAGUCUAUCUCGAAGUUGUCGUCGCUGCUUAGUGGUGCAGCCCUCUACAAAGGCGGCAAAAAACCCUCGCAAGGAGACAGGAGGAGGCUUCGCUCUGGGGCCUUCCAUCUGGACGACGACGACGGCGCCCCACGGCCACCAACACCAAAAUAUGAGGAAUAUGAGCAGCCGCCCCCAUCACCCUGGUCGCAAUCUCCUGCGCCCUCGCCGGCUAUACGAGCGGACCCCUCAGAGAAUCCUUUCUUUACCGACGCCGUUGUCGACGAGAGCUCCUUCAACCCCACCUCUCCGCCAAACGCCGACUACGCCUCCAUGAAGCCACCAGAAACCAUCGGAGUCGAGAACUCCUGGACUGUCCUUCACAUCCCUCUGUCGCAUGUCAUUCUAUCGAAGCCUACAGCAACGUUCAAACUUGACACGACCCUGAUGGAAAGGAAGUCACACUCGCGCAACAGGGGUCAUGGCACGGGCGCCGACUUGCCCACACCGGUGGCGGCGCCAUCGCCAGGCUCUACUCACAGGGAGAAGCACUCGCCGAUCGCCGUGCUCUCCAUCCUCACCCCGCUCAUCCCGUACCCUACUAACCUGCGGCACUCUCUAUCGCACCUCGCGCCUCAUCUUGCCACCUCCUUUUCACUUUGCCGUCACUACACGAACCUGGAGACCGAGCUCGCAGGCUUACAGAAGAGAAGGCCGGAAAUCGCACGCUUCGCGGGCCUUGGCACCGAUGGCCGGAUGAUCUCAGAGCCCUUCACCAUCGGGAGUAUGGGAUAUACGCCUGGCGAGAUGGCAGAAUCGCAAAGAUCUGCCGGAGGCAGCAUUACGAGUCCUAGUGACUAUUCAGUGCCGUCCCGAAGCGCCACAGGCUCCGCUGCUGGAACGCCCAGUUGGGAUGUUGGAGGUCUCGGUCUCGUGACGGAGAAGCGUCAAGUCCCAGCCAGUCCCUUGGCUGCAAUGGGGGAUAGUUACUUUAGCGUAAACCCUUCCCAGUCGUCCUCCCGCCUUCCACCGGGCACCCCCGGAGUCUCCGCCCAGAGAGAUAGGAGAAACUCGAAGGAUAGCUCCGUUGGUGAGAAAAAACCGAUUCGGCGACAGUCCAGCGUCAAAAUACCCAAAAGUCGAGACCCAGGGGCGGAGCACCAAAGCAGCAAAGAACACGAGGAAGCUGUCGACUUGGCUGCCAAGGGGCUCUUGGAAGACUCUCAGCUUGCGGCCGCGGACAGGGGCGGCGAUGCUGCGCCUUUGGAAAUCAACAGAAAGGGCCUCCGGCCCGGCCACCGACACACACAACUACACUCCUACGGGGCCGACUUCUCUCAUACAUUCCAAUCUUUGCCACCCAGCUCCACGGUGGGGAGGGGGCAGCACCCGCCAUCACGCAGCGGCUCGGGACCCGUGCCUCGCGAGAUGCUUCCACCAUCAGACACACUCAAGGGGUUGAUUCUGGACUCCUUGCCGGCCCAUGUCUUUGUUGCCCAACCGCCCCUUGGCGAGAUGCUCUGGGUGAACAGCAGAUACUUGAGCUACCGAGGCGUCACGGCCCCGGAACUUGCUGCCGAUCCGCACCUGAGCCUCCACCCGGACGAUAGGGAAGAAUACAUCCGGUCGUGGGUUCACUCGCUCCGGACCGGCGACCCCUUCUCUAGGACUGUGCGAAUUAGGAGAUUCGAUGGCGCCUACCGCUGGUUUCAGGCUAGAGCGAUCGCCACAAGAGACAAGCGCAAUGUGGUUCAGCAGUUCCUGGGGUCGUACAUGGACAUCCACGACCAGCACAUUGCCGAGCUCAGGGCCGCAAAACAAAAGGAGAUAGAGGCGUCCGAGGCGAAGCACAAGCUCUUGGCAAAUCUCAUCCCACAGAUCAUCUUCACCGCGACCGAGGACGAAGGUAUCACCUUUGCCAACGACCAAUGGCUCUCGUAUACGGGGCAGAGCCAAGAGGCGUCGCACGGGCUUGGGUUCAUAAGUUUUGUGCACCCUGAAGAUUUGGCAAACUGCCGCAUACCUCCGGAUGGGUUCUCCACGCCCAUCGACACCAAGGAGACGGGAGACCUUCUGCACUCGCCGUGGCCCAGUGCCUUGAGCCCUACAGCAAGCAGGGCCCCAGGGACGCGCGUGGUCACGCCUGGCCCCUCUGCCGGCCCGGAAAAACACAGCAUUCGCGGAACUGCCUCUAGGCGCGCCAGCUCUGGCAGUUCGUCGAGCGAAGGGCAAGCACCGGGCGAUCUCACCAAGCUAGCCAGGAAGGGUGUGAUCAAGGCUAGUCUAGAUAGCAAUGGUCGCCUUUCCUACACGACAGAGGUGCGACUACGCUCCAAGAAGGGCGAGUACAGAUGGCAUCUAAUCCGCGUGGUCGAGGUUAUCGACUCGAACCCUGAAGGCAACAUCUCGUCGUACCUCGGCUCAGCCACGGAUAUCAACGAUCACAAGCUUAUCGAGGCCAAGCUCAAGGACGCCAUGGAGACCAAGACGCGUUUCCUCAGCAACAUGUCACACGAAAUUCGCACGCCGCUCAUUGGAAUCUCAGGCAUGGUGAGCUUCCUGCAGGAGACAACGCUGAAUGAGGAGCAACGCGACUACACCAACACGAUCCACACCAGUGCCAACAGCCUGAUAAUGAUCAUUAACGACAUCCUUGACCUGUCCAAGGUCGAUGCCGGCAUGAUGAAGCUCAAGUUUGAGUGGUUCCACACGCAGUCACUGAUAGAGGCAGUGAACGAGCUGGUGUCGACCAUGGCCAUUGCCAAGGGCCUGGAGCUGAACUACAUCGUCGAGCCCGACGUCCCGGCCUGGGUCAAGGGUGAUAAGGUUCGUAUCCGCCAAGUCCUCCUGAACGUUAUUGGCAACGCCAUCAAGUUCACGUCGGAUGGCGAGGUCUUCAGCCGCUGCAGAGUCGCGAAUUCCAAGAAGCACAGCCUGGAGGACGAGAUAGAGUUGGAGUUCUCCGUCGUCGAUACCGGGAGGGGCUUCACUAAGGAAGAGGCUGAGCUCAUUUUCAAACCCUUCAGCCAAAUCGACGGCAGUAGCACUCGUCAGCACGGCGGAAGCGGCCUUGGCCUGGUUAUCUCAAGGCAGCUAGUGGAGCUCCACGGCGGCAAGAUGGGCGGCACGGCCGUGCCUGGGAAGGGCUCGACCUUUACAUUCACGGCCAAGUUCGGGCUCCCAACCGAGGAUGAUCAGCCAGACUCGAUGAAGGCCUCUCAGGAUAUCAUCAGCUCUGCCACGAUCCCAGAAGGGCUCCAGGCCGCACGCUUGUUCAAAACACCGCCUUCCAAGCCUUCGCCCGUUUCCAUGCUGCCGUCAUCCGGGUCUACAACCACCAGCCCUGGGGACCUAGGAAAGGAAACAUGCACUACGUCACCGGCAGCAACGACUUCUAGCGCAAGCUCGGAUCCGUCGGUUCGGUCGUCUAUGUCGCAUACGACCCAAAGGACGUCGAUGUCGUCCAUCAAUGCUGGACUUGUGAACUUUAGUGAGGCAGCGAGGGCCAGCGGACAGGACUUGUCACAAAUGAAGCUUGAGAUGCCAUCAGAGCAGUCAUCCCCGAACACAUCCUCAGACACGACGAUUGUGCCCUUCGAGCCGCGACAGCACCCGCAGGCCGAUGCGUUCCGCCCCUUGCUCUAUUCUAUCCUGAUCAUCAGCCCGCAGACACACAGCCGAGAGGCUACGACGAAGCACAUCGAGAUGACGCUCCCCAAAGGCGUGCCACACCAGAUCACAUCGCUCGCAACGGCAGCCGAGGCACAGAAGCUCAUCGGUGGCGAGGAUCCUGUGAUAUUCACCCACAUCGUGGUUAAUCUGCCAUCUACCAACGAACUUAUCGACCUCAUGGACGAGAUUGUGAAAUCGAAGCUGCAUAGGAGGGCCAGGAUCCUGAUCCUUUCGGAUUCUGUGCAGAGGCAAGCCAUCCUGAAGCAGGUGGCAGGCACCGAACACGAGGAUGUUUUCUCAGAUAAAAAGGUCACGUACAUCUACAAGCCCGUCAAGCCGUCACGGUUCGCCGUCAUCUUCGACCCGAGCCUCGAGCGGGACCUCAGUAUCGACCGGAACCGCUCGACGGCGGAGAAGAUUGUCGAGACGCAAAGGCAGAGCUACCUCGAGAUCGGAGAGCGGAUGGGCAACAAAGGCCACAAGGUGCUCCUGGUCGAGGACAACCCCAUCAACCAAAAGGUGCUCAUCAAGUACCUCAAGAAGGUGGGCGUCGAUGUCGAAGUGGCCCUGGACGGACAGGAGUGCACGGACAAGGUCUUUGGGAACGAGCGCGGGUACUACUCGUUGAUACUGUGCGACUUACACAUGCCAAAGAAGGAUGGUUAUACGGCCUGCAAGGAGGUUAGGGAAUGGGAGAACGAGCAACCUGACCAUGCUAAGCUCCCCAUCAUUGCGCUCUCGGCAAACGUCAUGUCGGACGUGCAGGAGAGAUGCUACCAGGCGGGAUUCGAUGCAUAUGUCACCAAGCCCGUCGACUUUGUUGAUCUCAGCAACACACUGGCCGUGUUCUUUUGAGGACGGCCUCACAAUCCCCCGUUUCCGAAGGGCUACCCACGGGUGAUACCCUUUCGUCGUAUAUAGAUUAUUUCUCUUCUUGUCUCUAUUUACUCCCUGCCACCACUCUCCCUCGGCUGCCGAUCCAUCAUCAUUCGGCGAGUUUUAGCGGUUCAUUUUGCCAUCUCCACGGCUCACCAGACCCACGGCUACAUAAUCGAAAAUAAUGUUGGCGUCCAUGAGGCUUCAGAUGCCUUGAUUCUGUCCUUUUUGGGGAGCCAAUGGCACUAGGGAGAGACGUAGGCUUUUUCUUUCAGAUGGGCUAGACAGGUUUCUGGUUUUUUUGGGGGGUUUUUUUUUGUUUUCUUCGUUUAUUUCUGCUUGUGUUGGGGGUAGGCUUCUUUUUCUUCUCAUACCAUCUCCUUUUGAGCCUUGUUUUUCAGGCUCGUGUGGGUGAGCAGGCGGGCAGGUUGCAUAUCUGGUGGAAAGGAAGAAUAGGGGGGGAUACAUGGUCUCAAUCAAGCAGGCGUGCAUUCGACACAGGCAAACAAGGCGCAAACAUGGGACAUGGGUUCUGUAUUUAUGUCGCGCCAGGAAGGCGUCCCAAAAUACAUGUUUUACACAGCAGGAGUAUAAUACCACCAUGAUUAUGGGAUGCA